GCCAGACAAUACAUAUGCAAGUAGUCACCCCUUUUUUUUUAAAAAAAAAUAAAACAACUCUCUUGAUAUUGUCAUAGAAUCAUGUUAUAUCGAAUAUGCCAUAGCUUCAGACAAAUCAAGCCGAGAGUAGACAGAUAUGCACAUGGUGGCUUUUUGUGGCUUGUGUAUAAAAACAGACAGCCGUCUUCACAUUUCAUUUAUUACUAUUCUUUUUCUGCAAGGAAAAUGGAAUCAAAAUACAGCGACUGUACUCGCGAACAGUUAUUGGAACGCAUUGCCGAAUUAGAAGGACAGUUGAAUAAGACUGAAACAGAUGAUUCAGAGCUGAAGCACAAAAAGACAAAAAAGCGUGACAAGCAACGACCAUUCGACAUGUCCAAGUACACGAAGCGAAAGAUAGCACUUCGCGUGGCUUAUAUCGGCUGGAACUACAUUGGGUUUGCUAGCCAACAAGAUCCUGAACGAGUACCGACGAUUGAAGACAUGCUAUUCAAAGCCCUGAAGGAGUGUAGACUGAUAGAGCAAAUCGACGAUAGUGUAGAUUAUACGCGAUGCGGUCGAACAGACAAGGGCGUCAGUGGCCUCGGACAAGUUAUUGCACUCUGGGUGAGAUCUAAAAAGCUGGCCUCUGACCCUUCACCAGGGCUGUUGCCUCCCGAAGAGGAACUUGCUUAUGCCGAGACGAUCAAUCGUGUCCUACCAGAUGAUAUCCGCGUCCUUGCGUGGGCACCUGUUCCUGACGACUUUAGUGCUCGAUACCACUGUACGUCACGCACAUACAAGUAUUUCUUCUCGAGAGGAUCCAUGGACAUUAAUCGAAUGCGUCAGGCAUGUCAAUAUUUUGAAGGAGAGCACGAUUUUCGCAAUUUCUGCAAGAUGGAUCCGUCCAAGAAUAUUGUUUCUUAUAGCCGCCUGAUUCUUUCCAUGAAGAUCAAUCCUGUUCAGCACACAGAUACCAAGUCUGUAGGACACGGAACAGAUUUUUAUGAGGUCGAACUAAAGGGUACCGCUUUUCUCUGGCAUCAAGUUCGAUACAUGAUGUCUGUUCUCUUCCUUGUCGGACAAGGCCUGGAGCCUCCGGAGACAGUUCGCGAUUUACUGGAUAUUGAAAAGGUACCUUCAAAGCCUGAUUUUCCAAUGGCGAGUGAUUUGCCUCUUGUCCUCUAUGAUUGCGAAUUUAAGGAUCUCGAGUGGCACUAUGCAUUUAAAGAUACAGUCUAUGAAACGUUCCCACCCACGAUGCGUACUUACUUGCAUUUCAAUGAAGCAUGGAACAUGCAGAUGAUCCGAACACUCACCUAUCAAUAUUAUCUUACCCGCGUUGGAUCAUUCCCAGCUGUUAUGUCAGAUAAGAGCGUCAAGACCAUAGCUGAUCUAAUGUCUGAGCGCAAACCCAAAAGAGCAGAUGGAACAGUCGUGGUGCCCCUGGGCGCAGGGAAGGAAACAAGGAUGACAAAGUAUAAGCCAGUAUUGGAAAGACCAAGAUGCGAUACGGAUGAAACAAAGAAGGAAAAAUACCAAAUUCGUAAAAAGAGAAAACUCGAUACACAAGAAGAAAUGACCUAAAUCUUUCUAUUUAUCUAUAUUUUAUUAUAAAUAUACUGUAC